AUGACACAGGCACGCUCCCGGGGGUCGCCGUGGUGCGCGCUCCUGAUGCUGAUGCUGGCCACACGCACGGACCAGCAGACUCCAGCUGCAGCCCUGUCACACGUGAACGUAUGGGAUUCUUUUGUCUCCCUGUCUUUGUGGCAGUGCACAGAAAAGAGGGAACUGGAGCUGAGGGUGUCCAGUAUCCAGGAAAUGAAAAAGGAGGAGGUACAGGAGGAGGCCACAAGAGGAGAAGGCUGCAGGAGGAAGAGGAGGGUGCAGGAGGAGGAGGCUACAAGAGGAGGCUGCAGGAGGAAGAGGAGGGUGCAGGAGAAAGAGGCUUCAGGAGUAGGCGGCUGCAGUAAGAGGUGGAGGCUACAGGAGGAGGCUGCAGGAGGAAGAGGUUACAGGAGGAAACUACAAGAAGAGGAGGCUGCAGGAGGAGGAAAGAUUCUCCAGGAAACAUUGAAUUAA